GAAGAAGAUUUUUUUAAUUUGGGAGACUGGGGUCGGUGGUGUACUGGGAAAUGGCUUCUUUUAGACGGUGUAUGCCUCUUCAUUCUUCCCUUUUUCCCCACUACUUUCUCUUCCCUCCACACCAUUAUUAUUACUUUCUUCCACACUGUCACUGUCCCUCUUUCUCUUUCUUUUUUAAUAAUUCAAUCAUAUAAUAUAAAUAUAGUAGACUCCACAGCACAGCGCUGCACUCUCCACUCCUUGAGCACACCUAAUUAGUAGUGCGUUAGCUCUUCUGCUGCUGCUUUUAGAGUUUGUUUAGUUCGGAGAAAGUAAGAAACACGCGCCUCCGUGCUCCGUUCCCGAGGUAACAAUCAACCGUCGUGUAAUGCAGCAUUGCUGAAAACUAGAAUGGGCAAGUGUCAUCGCGGAAAUGACGUGGCAUCGGUCGUACUCGACCGCCCUUCUUCCACUCCUCCCGGACCUGAUCACUUCAAGCUAUGGUCUUCUUUUUCUCGCGCUUCCUUCCGCCGCAUGAUCCUCGACGCCUUCCGCUGUGGUGGCGGCGGACGUCACAAGCGUGCUUCCAAGUCUCCUUCCGACCAGCCACCGCCGGGACCGGGACCUGUCGAUCCCGUCAACCUAAGAUCUGAAUGUGAACGCAACGAAAAACAGAAGAAACCUGCCGGAUCCGACAGGUUGUCGGAACUGUUGAGCCUAUCGGAGUCGUCAGAGAACGAAGAGGACGUCCGGCGAAAGGAGCAAAUGUUGGAGGAGUUGAAGGGAGUAGUCAAACGCUUACAGAGUAGCCACGUCGACGCCGUUUUGCAAGGAGCCAAGGAGGUCCGGCGGUUCACUAAAGAGGACUCCGACGCCAGAACCACCCUUGCUUUGCUCGGAGCGAUUCCACCGCUCAUAGCAUUGCUUGAUUCAGAAGAUUCCGUUUCUCAGAUCGCCGCUCUCUAUGCUCUGCUUAACCUUGGAAUUGGCAAUGAUGCAAAUAAAGCAGCUAUCGUCAAGGCAGGGGCUGUUCACAAGAUGCUCAAGCUAGUAGUAAUUGAAUUUCCAAACCCAGAGGUCGCUGAAGCUGUAGUUGCUAAUUUUCUUGGAUUGAGUGCGUUGGACUCCAAUAAACCCAUAAUUGGUUCAUCUGGAGCAAUUGCAUUUCUGGUGAAAACUCUGAAGAAUGUGGAGAACACAAACAGUUGUCAAGCUAGACAAGACUCGUUGCGAGCGCUUUACAACCUUUCCAUCUCGCCUUUGAACGUUAUCCCCAUACUUGAGAGCGAUCUCAUACCUUAUCUCAUGAACAAAUUGGGAGAUAUGGAUGUAACCGAGAGAAUUCUGUCCAUUCUUUGCAAUGUAGUAUCAGUGGCAGAGGCCCGGAAGGCAAUUAGUAGUGUACCCGAUGUCUUCCCCAUGCUGAUUGAUAUUCUGAGUUGGACGGAUGCAUCAGGUUGCCAAGAGAAAGCAUCAUACAUUUUGAUGGUGAUGGCUCACAAGUCAUAUGGAGAUAGACAGACAAUGAUUGAGGCUGGAGUUGCUUCUGCCCUGCUCGAAUUGACACUUUUAGGCAGCACAUUGGCUCAAAAGCGGGCGUCCAGAAUCUUGGAAUCCUUGAGGGUGGACAAAGGGAAGCAAGUUUCUGAAAACUAUGGGGGUGGUGGUGUGGGCGCGACGAUAUCUGCCCCACAAGCUUCUACGGCAUAUUCUUCAAGUGGUCAAUCGAAAGAUCGGAUGGAUGAUGAUAUGAUGAGUGAAGAGAAAAAAGCAGUGAAGCAAUUAGUUCAGCAGAGCUUGCAGAGUAACAUGAAGAGGAUAGUGAAGAGGGCUAACCUACCCCAUGAAUUUGUUCCUUCUGAUCAUUUGAAGUCCCUCACAUCAAGCUCAACUUCUAAGAGCCUGCCAUUUUGAAAGGACUCAGUAUUUUGGUAGCUUGGUAUUUUCUAGUUAAGGUAUGGUUUUGUCUUCGCAUGUCUCUGAUGCAGUAGUUUUGGAUAACUAUAUGGCAAUAUAGUCGCACUCAGUAUAUUGUAAAGUUUAGUAUUAGUAUAUUAGUUACCUUCCUUCUUGCUUAAUUUGGCGUUCAUGGAUAUCUACUACUGUUAGAGAGUUUGUCCUCGAUCUAGAUCUAGUUAUUGUAGACCUCCCAUGCUAAUAAAAAGAAGUGGCAUUGUUUGACUCGGUUUCA